AUGAAGAUCACAUUGCUCGCAUUGUUCCUUCUUGUUGCCUUGAGCACAAAGCCACUACUUGGGAAGAAGCUAAGAGUUGGUGCAGCUGCACCUGAACAAGUGGUAGACACAUCAGGGAAGAAGCUAAGAGUUGGUGCAAAUUACUACAUUGUUCCAGCUUCUCCUAACUUUGGAGGUUUUUCCCUCACAAACACAGGUAAAGAUUGUCCACUUGAUGUUGUUGCUGUGGAUGGUUACCAAGGCCUUCCUUUGACUUUUUCACCUAUUAACCCUAAGAAAGGUGUCGUUCGUGUUUCCACUGAUCUUAACAUAUAUUUCUCUACCGAAACAAGUUGUCCUCAGUCCACAGUGUGGAAGCUUGAUGACUAUGAUUAUUCAACUGGACAGUGGUUUGUAACCACUGGUGGUGUUUUGGGCAACCCGGGUUGGCAAACCAUUAGCAAUUGGUUCAAGAUUGAGAAGUAUGAGGAUAAUUAUAAGCUUGUUUAUUGUCCAAGUGUGUGCAUAGAUUGCAGUUAUCAAUGCAAUGAUAUUGGAAUAUAUCAAGAUCAGUAUGGCAAGCGUCUUGCUCUGAGUUAUGCUCCAUUUAAAGUUCAGUUCCAACAGGCAUAA